UAAGUUCGACAUAUACAACUUCUACAUUUUUCACGCUUUAACAAUAAUAUCAAAGACUCAAGUGCUCAAGUACUUAAAAGCUGCUAACGCCAAACAGGAGUGAGGGGGCGUCGUUUUAUCAAAUACAAGAAAAUAAAUAAAUAAAGAACGCUUGCGGCAGUUAAGUAAAGGAAAGAAGACCUACAGAAACGCUGCAAGUCGACACAGCGAAGACUAUACAUUUCCAUCGCAUCAUCUUUACUUACCUUUCUUCAAAGCGACCUCAAUCGGCGCUAACGACGCCCAAGCGGCGUUCACUAUUAAUAAGGAAAAUUGCACAUUAAAAAUUCCAUGUUUUAACGCGCCAGAGAACACAGACGAAGGCGAAGUACCGAACAAAAAAGAAAAACCAAAAACACAGUGACAACGCGAAAUUGGCAUUCAAAGCGUAUUGAAUAAAAAUAGUAAAAAUAAAGAAUUAAAAAAAAAAACAAAGUGCAAAGAAAUAAAAUAUUCCAGUCAUAUAGCCAGUCAAACGUUUUGUGGUGAAAGUCAAUGGGUCUAGCAACGAUUACGCUAAAACAACAAAAGCAUUGAAUCAACUAACUGCUAAAAAAAUUACAUCCACAAACAACUAUUUGAGCAGGAGCGACAAUACUUCUACGUCUUCUAAGCCAACGCACCAGCGCACCACCUGUUCCAACGUCUCUACAACAGCUGCAGUAAUAGCAACAACAAUAUGAAUAAAGCUAGCAAACAUAUACAGAGCGGCAUGGCGGUGACCACAUCACCCACUGCUAUCAACUCGGUCGGCGGACUAUCCACACAGAAGAAUGUCAUCAAUUCCAUAAUGAGUUUUUUGCCCGACAAUCGUCCCAUCACAUCGCUGCAAAUUGUGGAGGAUUAUGAGAAAUGCCCAAAGAAUUUCACACCCAUACAUCGUACUUAUGAUCAAGAUGCCGAUGCGAAUUUAUUUCGUGAAAAUAAUAUACUCUUCGGACGUCAGAGCACACGCUAUUUGUGCCUAUCGAAGACUGAGGGCUUGCCCGAGUAUGUAGUGGAAACGCUCAAAGUGAUUCCCGAGAAAACACAACCUCCCAAAGAAUUUUCACUGCUUUCGCGCACUGCCGACACAGAACAGAAGGCGUGGCGUAAACGACAAAUCGCCUACAAACUUACCAAACGCGGCAAUGUCACGCAAGCCGUCACCGACAUAAUACUCUGUUCGAAAUUGAAAGUGGCACCGGAGGGCUUCAAAUUAGCUGGCGACAUAAAUGGCGUAUUGAUUUGCUACAAAACUGGUGCCAUACCCACACGUUCACCGCCACCCGUACCGGGUAUAGCGCCACAGCUGCUGAAUGGUGGCAGUGCGAGUAACAUCAGCAAUGGUAGCAGUGAGGUGGAAAAGGCGUUGAAUCGUUUGAAUUUGAGCGGCGGUGCCGCUAAUUGGAACGGGCCACCCAAACAUCCGCUACCGCCUGUGCCCAGUGACCAUGACUACGAAGAAAUACAGGCUUCAUAUCAAAUCAAGUCACCACAACGGCCUGCACCGCGUCCUCCCUUCACAGCCCAUAUGGCUACAAAUACUUCACUACAUAGUGUAGGCACUUUGGGUGCCUACUCGGAGGUAGAGGGUGUGCCAUUCAUCAUAAAUCCAACACUAAAACGUGCUACGGAAAAUGAUUUACCCACACUGCCACAAAUUGCGGACGUGCUUAAAGGACUCGAUUAUGAUUUUCAAUUAGAGCGACAAAUACUCUGCACUAUGAAAUCAUCAGCAUCGAAAAAUCCAUUUUUCAAAUAAACAAAAAAACUUGUGCGAAUAAGCAGGAAUUAUUCAAAUUUAAUUGAAAAAUACACAAACAUCUUAAUACAUUAAAAUCAGCUGUUAUGAAAAAACCCGUUAAGAAUUAUAUUAACUAAAGAAUUUCGAAAACGUUUUGUCAGAAAUUACAAAAAUAAAAAACAAAAAUCAAUUGUUGAAUGCUUUUUCAAAAAAGUAUCUGAAAUAAAACAAAAUUUAAUAACAAUAAACAACUAAGAAUUCGUAAAAACAAUUGAGUGCACACACACGCGCGUUUACUUGACUGUAGUGAGUUUAUCAAAAAAAUAAAAAAUACAUAAAACCAAAAUAAAAAAUAAAAAGCAACUGCAUCUAUCCAAUGCAUGCUACACAUUUGUACUGUACGUACAUACAUACGCACUUUUUUCUAACUAAAAUUUACGCUAACCUCUGCCACUGUCUGCUCGACAAUUUCGUUUUGAUUCUAAAAUACAUAAUUUCUUUUAUUUUUAUUUAUAAUAAUACUUUAGUGAACUUUUAGAGAUCGCAAUCAAAGACUUUUUCAUCAUUCAUCAUUUCCGCAUCCUUGUGCCUUUCACCCGCAUCAAAUAACACUAUUUUCUGCGCUUAAAUGCAUAAUUAUAUCUUUUUAUUUUUUUAUAUUAUUUACUCUAAUCAUAGAUUUAUUUAUAUAACUCUCACCCUUCAGCCUUCUUCACUCUCACACAACUUUAAUGUACACCAAUUAUUGUGAUCAAUUUUUGUCAUAACAGAAUAAAAAGCAUAUAAAAAUAUUUAUAUUAAAUUCGAAAGUAAAUAAAUAUUAUAUGUUAAAAAUCGGUAACAGCAAAUAAAAAUUGGUUUUAUAUAUUUAUAAAAAAAAAACAACAAAAACUAUUUACGACCACAUUAUAUAUACAAAUAUACAUAUGUUAAUUUAAUAUAGUUUAUUGUAUAAAAAAACAAAACUAAGUAUCCUUAAAAUCGGGCAUACCAACAAAUACGAGUAUAUACAUACAUACAAACAUGCAUACAUGCGUACACUUAGUUUAGUUGUUAAUUGAUUGUAAUAGUAUUAAGUACUUGUGUAUGCAUUAGGAGUUAAAAUUAAUAAACCUGUACACAAAUUAAAACAUAAAUAAAAAAUAAUA